AUGUCCACCGAGACCGUUCCCGCAGGCGAGAUCGAGCAUGAGUUGCCUCAGACCCAGAUGCGCCGUUCGCGCUGGUCGUUCUUCAGGUCGAUCCCCUUCCAGAUCGCAGUCGCGAGUGGUGUGUCCUUCACCGCACCUGGUAUGUGGGAUGCGCUGAACAACGUUGGUGCUGGUGGUGCCGCUGAGCCCUACGCCGUGUCCGCGGCCAACGCGCUUGUCUAUGGUCUUUUCGCCGUUGUGUGUGUUGCUGCUGGUGCGAUCAACAAUCGCAUUGGUCUUCGUUAUGGUCUUGUCAUUGGUGCCAUCGGAUACCCUAUCUAUGGCGCUGGUCUCUACACCAACAACUACUCCCCUACCACUUGGUUCAUGCUCUUUGGUAGUGCGCUGUGUGGUAUCUCUGCUGGCUUCUUCUGGGCUGCGGAGGCUGCUAUCAUUAUUGGUUAUCCCAGUCCUAGCGAGCGCGCUUUCUACCUCGCUAUCUGGCAAACAGCCAAGGCAGCCGGCCCAAUCGUUGGCGGUGCCAUCAGUCUCGGCCUCAACGCCUCGACUUCCGGCAAAGGAACAGUCAGCGCUGCAACCUACAUCGUCUUCAUCGUGAUCAUGUGCCUUGGCCUGCCCAUCGCACUCUUCCUCAGCCCUGCCGAGAAAGUCCAACGCAAAGACAGAUCCGCAGUCAUCGUGCACAAGCAGGAAAGCUGGGCAAAGGAGUUCAAAGCCGCCUUCAAGUUGAUCGCAACGCGCCGCGUCCUCCUCCUCCUGCCCGCCUUCUUCAUCAGCUACUUCUACAACGGCUUCCUCUCCACCUGGCUGACAGACUACUUCACCGUGCGCUCGCGAGCCUUCUCCUCAUUCUUCACCAACUUCGCCGGAAUUGCCUCCUCCUUCAUCCUAGCAGGCCUCCUAGACCGCCAAUCCAUCUUCAUCAAGACCCGCGCCAAGAUCGCUUUCUCUUCCAUCGUGAUCAUCCUGACAGGAACCUGGAUCUGGGCGACAAUCCUCCAGAAGCAGUUCUACGAUAUGCCCGAACCACCCCUGUUUGACUGGUUCACUGGCGGAUUCGGAAAAUCCUAUGCGCUGGUCUUCUUCUGGACAUUUGGUGGUCAGGCAUUCCAGCAAUUCCUCUACUGGCUCAUUGGCCAAUACAGUACGGAUCUGUCCUCGCUUUCUUACCACUGUGGUAUUCUGCGUGGAUUCGAGGCGCUUGGUCAGACUGUUGCGUGGGCUAUGCAGUCCCAGGGUAAUGCCAACCAUUUUGUCAGCAUUGGGCUUAACUUUGGUAUUACCCUGUUGGCAUUUGUUCCUACUUGGAUUGUGCUCAAUGAAUUGGAGCAUAGCCAUGAGGUGCAGGUUCCUGUUGAGGAGCAGACUGAGACUACGAAGACGGCUGAUGAUUCUUCGGCUUGA